CUCCAUCGAUCUCCUCGUAUAAAUCCCCGAGCGCCACACAGCUCACUCGCACACCAAAGCUUGCUAGCAGCUCACAGAGCCGUGGCAGUCUCAGCCAAGUUUUGCUGUACGUUACUUCCAUAGCUAGCGCGCUAUAAGUGGUUUGGAGAACCGUGGUGGCUAGGAGCUCCAUUCACGAGGUACGUACGUGCGUCCUUGCGGAGGAGAUCGAUCGACGCCCGUCGGCCAUGGACAGGGAGCUCUUCAGGACGGUGAAGCAGGCGACCCGGAACCACGCCAGGGUCCUGUACCACCGCCUGGUGUGCCGCCUGCCGCACCUGCUCGCCGUCACGCUGCUCCUCGUCGUGCUCCCGCCGCUGGUCUCCACGCUGUCCCUCGACGCGCUCUGGGCCGACGCGCGCGCCAACGCGCCGCUGCUGGCGGCGGCGUGCGCGGGUUGCUUCGCCGCGGCUUACGCCUACGCCAUGUCGCGUCCCCGGCCGGUGUUCCUGGUGGACCUCGCUGGGUACAAGCCCGGCCCGGAGCACGAGGCGACGCGGGCGCGGGCCAUCCGCCAGUUCGGGCUCGCCGGCGGGUUCGACGACGAGAGCAUGUCGUUCCAGAAGCGGAUGAUGGAGCGGUCCGGGCUCGGCGAGGCCACGCACUUCCCGGCCUCGCUCAUGAGCAUCCCCGUCGACAUGUGCCUCCGAACCGCCAGGGACGAGUCCGAGGCCGUCGUCUUCGGCGUCGUCGACGAGCUGCUCGCCAAGACCGGCGUGCCCGCCGGAGACAUCGGCAUCGUCAUCGCCAACUCCAGCCUCUACAGCCCGACGCCGUCCUUCGUGUCGCUCAUCGUCAACCGGUACCGCCUCCGCGAGGACGUCGUCAGCCACAACCUCAGCGGCAUGGGCUGCAGCGCCGGCAUCAUCGCCAUCGACCUCGCCAAGCAUCUACUUCAGGUGCACCCGGACACGUAUGCGCUGGUGGUGAGCACGGAGAACAUCACCCUCAACGCCUACCUCGGCAACAACCGCCCCAUGCUCGUCACCAACACGCUCUUCCGCGUCGGCGGCGCCGCCGUGCUGCUCUCCAACCGCCGCGCCGACCGCGCCCGCGCCAAGUACCAGCUCAUCCACACCGUGCGCACCCACCGCGGCGCCAGCGACCGCAGCUACGGCUGCGUCACGCAGGAGGAGGACGACACGGGCGCGCGCGUCGGCGUCUCACUCUCCAAGGAGCUCAUGUCCGUCGCCGGCGACGCGCUACGCACCAACAUCACCACCCUCGGGCCCCUCGUGCUCCCGCUCUCCGAGCAGCUCCGCUUCCUCGCCACCGUCGUGCUCAAGCGCGUCUUCCUCCGCGCCGACGUCAAGCCCCACAUCCCGGACUUCACCCUCGCGCUCGAGCACUUCUGCAUCCACGCCGGGGGCCGCGGCGUGCUCGACGAGCUCGAGCACAGCCUCAAGCUCAGCGCAUGGCACAUGGAGCCCUCCAGGAUGACGCUCUACCGCUUCGGCAACACCUCCAGCAGCUCCCUCUGGUACGAGCUCUCCUACUGCGAGGCCAAGGGCAGGAUCAAGAAGGGGGACAGGGUGUGGCAGAUCGCAUUCGGAUCAGGGUUCAAGUGCAACAGCGCCGUCUGGAAGGCGCUCAGGGCCGUCGACGCCGCCGAGAGCCUCGGCCCGUGGGCGCAGGACGUCGACGUGCUCCCCGUGCACGUGCCCAAGGUCGUGCCAAUCGACGACGACGAGGCAUCCUACAAGCCAACAAACUAGUUUCCGAAAUUAAUCCUCCGUGAAUCGAACCUGCAGCUACUUCUAAGUGCGUGCACUAUA